CUUUUGAACGCGCUUUUUGUCAUUCAACAACUCCGUUUCUUUUCGCUGUACAGAAAAUUUUCUAAACUUCUACACACAAUGGACGAAGACGAAUUGCCUCUCCCCAAGCUGGCCUGGGAUCCUUCGACUAAUUCAUUUACAAACCAUCGAUCGCGCAAACGCACGAGAAGUACUCCACCUCCGUUUUCCAGUGAUCCGGCUCUAUUUUCGAGCGACGACGAUCCCUCUGCAGACAAUUAUACGCAAGAAAGACGGAAGAGGAAAUUUCGAGGACCAUGGUAUCAGCAAGUUCCGGCAGAUGAAGCGGACCAGAAGAAAGCAAAGCGGUCAUUUCAAAGACAACAUGAUAGUGGGGUUUUUAUGGGCAGUGAUGGCACGGAUUUGGAUGAGCCUUUCGAACAUACCGAAUUAAAACUUCCGUUACUUCCAUUGAGGCGUUCCCGUCUUCAAGCCCAGCUUCAGAGCUCGCAGCGAUCGGCAGAAGACGCUGCCCGGGAGGAAAUAGAAAGAUGUUUGGAAAGCGGGGAUGAGACCAUUGAGUUAUCGUAGGUCUUCUAUGCGUUCUUCUCUUUUCAAUCUAAUUCAAUUGUAGAUCUCGGGGCUUGACAACUUUAUCUAAUGCCACGAUACGACCACUUGCAACAUUUACGCGCAUUUCGGAACACGGGUUUUCGCAGUUAAAGCCUAGUCUGAAGGUUUUUCUUGCCUCCAAUGAUUUGACAAAUCUGCCGGAAGAACUUUGCAAGCUCGAGUCAUUGAGUUUCUUGAGUUUACGGAAUAACGUGUUUCGGGAGCUCCCUCCAGCUAUUGGACAUCUUCAUAAUUUGAAAGAGUUGAAUAUUGCGAAUAACCGACUUCGAUACCUACCUUUUGAGAUACUGGAACUGUUUUCAACUGUCAGCCACCUGAAAGAUUUGCGGCUACAUCCAAACCCAUUUUUAGAACUUCCACAGGAUCAACUGGAUGACGAGAGUUCCCAGCCAGAAUCCGAUGAACAACACACGUCUUCGCGCUCGCAACAUGGCGUAAAGCAUGCGUCUUUGACUAGUAGGAUCUUUGCCCCAUAUGAAUGGAAUCCCGAAUGGACAGCAACAUAUAAAUCUCGAACGGACGUCAGAUAUCUAGAGUCAAACGGUACAUUCGUCAAAGGUCCGGACUUUUCUAGCUCCGAUGACUCCGAUUCCGAAUCAGGCUCUAGUAUGUUGUUGGAAGCAGUGGAUAGUAUUCCUGUUCCACCAGAGCCUCGGGGAAAUUAUAAUUCCAGGGCACCAUCUUUGCUGGAGGUCGCCUUGAAAACAUGCUCUCAAUCCCCUCAACUUCCAAAUCUAGCGUCCUUCUUACACGAGGAAUGCCCCGAGUAUUUGUUCAGCCUGAUGGCUAAUUUAGAAGCAAAGAAAGAAUCUGGGGGAAGCAAAUGUACGAUAUGUAAGAGGACUUUCUUCAUGCCGAGAACCGAGUGGAUUGAGUGGUGGGACAUUGCAAAGACUGUGGGAACGGCGAGUGCUAGUCCCUCGAAACCAGGAAAUCAAAGAGAUGCCGUGGAAAGAAUAAUUCCGUUGAUGAGAAGAGGUUGCAGUUGGCUAUGCGUACCAAAAUCUGGGGAUACUGGGGUAUCCGAUCAGAUGGCACUGGACUGA